AUGGCAUUUCAGUUUGUGAGAAUAGCCGUGAACAGAGGAGUAGAGAAGACUCCGGGGAAGGAGGAAGGGCAGUUUCUCUUCACCAGCCUGCCAGUUCUUCCUCCCCGCCCUCCCUCCCUUUCUGCCUAACCCAAUCCCGCCUCUCCUUCAGAGCCUGACUGCUUCCCAGCCGAUCUCAUAGGAACACCCCAGACCUCUAGCAGCUCCGGGACCAAACACCAGCAGUGGACCAAGGCCCUACAGCUGCCUACAGCCAUGUUGGCCCUCAGCCUGCUCAUACUGGGCCUGCUCUCCGCAGUGGCACCUGCCAGCUGUCAACAAGGUCUGGGGAACCUUCAGCCCUGGAUGCAGGGCCUUAUUGCUGUGGCCGUGUUCCUGGUCCUGGUUGCAAUCGCCUUCGCUGUCAACCACUUCUGGUGCCAGGAAGAGCCGGAGCCUGGGAACAUGGUCAUGAUUGUUGGAAGCAAGGCAGAUGGGGUCCUGGUGGGAAUGGACGGCAGAUACUCUUCAAUGGUGUCUGGUUUUAGGUCCAGUGAGCACAAGAAUGCCUUCGAGAACAUUCUGGAGGAAGAGGGCAGGGUCCGCAGCACACCCAUGUGA